GGCAUAGCGUCAUGAACCCACCCGCAUCCACCACUGCCGACGCCGACAGCGAGAGGAGGCCCAGCCAGUGCAGCCACUCGAGGCAGCUAGCAGCAGGGAUACAGUGUCAGCCAAACCCCGAGCAUCGAAUGCGAAAAUGAAAGUCCAAAACGGUCAAUGGAUCCGCAACCCCUCAGCGGCAUCUCCCAAGCGGGCUAGCUGCCUCUAUGUUGCGUCGCCGAUAGUGGUGUAUAUCUAGGCUCAGGCCCAGCAUAUAAAGACUGCCUGCCGGAUACGAAUCCCCUCCAUCGUCCCUCACAUCCAUACACAUCCUCUCUUCCCCUGAGCUCCGUCUAUUGCUCUGAUACAUCCGCUGAAUUCUCACAAUGGCUGCCAAUCCCGUUCACAACGGACUCUUCGUCCACGAUAAUACCGCCCCCCCUGCCCACCCCAGCUUGCUGAGCAUGUUCUCCUUGAAGGGCAAGACCGCCAUUGUCACGGGCUCUGCCGCGGGCAUUGGUCUCGCUGUGGCCGCCGGACUGGCUGAAGCCGGUGCCAACGUUGCCUUUUGGUGGGGUUCGAACUCCAAGUGCCCCGAACGGGCCGCGGAGGUGGCCUCCAAGUACGGCGUUCAGACCAAGGCUUACCAGGUCGAUGUCACCAAUCCCGAAGCUGUACAGGCAGCCGUUGACCAGGUUGUGAAAGACUUCAAUGGCCGACUGGAUAUCUUCAUCGCCAAUGCCGGUAUUCCAUGGACCAAAGGCCCCAUGGUGGACGGCCCGCUGGACCACUACACGAGCGUGGUCGACAUCGACCUGAACGGAACCUUCUACUGCGCUAGGGCCGCGGCCACCCACUGGAGGAGACAGAAAGAAGAGGGCACCGACAUCAACGGGAACAGGCUGGAGAACUUCACGUACGGUAGCUUCGUGGCUACUGCGUCGAUGAGUGGUCACAUCGUGAACGUCCCCCAAAUGCAGAGUGCUUACAACGCUGCCAAGGCAGCUGUCAUCCACCUGAGCAAGUCGCUGGCUGUCGAGUGGGUCAAGUUCGCCCGUUCCAACACCGUCUCCCCUGGAUAUAUCGCGACGGAGAUCUCCAACUUCGUAUCACCGGAGGUCAAGGGCAUCUGGAAGGACAAGAUCCCGAUGGGCCGCGAGGGCCGUCCGGAGGAGCUGAAGGGCGCAUACCUGUACCUGGCGUCGGAUGCGUCCAGCUACACGACGGGCGCUGACCUGGUCGUCGACGGCGGCUACUGCGCUCCAUAA